AUGCUCCCUGCAGUCUCUCUACUAGACCUUCCAGGAGAGCUUCAGCAGAGAGUGGUCGAACAUGUAAUAACGCAAACCGAUCUCAAAUCGCUGUGUAGCACUUGUUCAGCUCUUCGCAUCCUCGCCAAUCCGAUACUGUAUAGACGCAUUGAUCUGCGGUUAUGGAGUCAACGAGCGGUUGAAUGUCUGCGGCGCUGCAAUCUGGCAGGCGCUGGACUGAGUUUUCAGUACGCGAAAGAACUCAUCGUGGAAGAUGAACCCGUUGGCGAAGAACUCAGGUCGAUCCACACCGGUCGUAUCCGCCUACCUGUUCCAGAUCGUGGGCCUUGGAACCGCUAUCUCACUGAGUCUCAGCAAGACGAUAGUGCCUACUCGUUCUUGCAGAUCAUUCAUCAUGACAAACUGGAACGCUUGUGUUACCAUUCGCGGCGACCCUUGUCAUGGAUAGUGAAAGCGCAUUUACACAACUAUCAGCACAGGUUGAAAGAGCUGCAAAUAAGCUUGUAUACCGAUCCCAAAACACCUGAGCAGCUACCACGGAUAUUCUGUGGUCUGCAGCGCCUCGAUGUUUAUCUUACCGAGACAACGAAUAUCGCCCUCCUAUUUGACAGCAUCGAAGCCGUCGGCGCCAAUUUGAGGCGAUUGUCGUUGACAGCAGCGGACCCCCAGACAACCGAGAUCCAGCUACAUGUCUGGGCGAUGUGCGAACAGAAUGAUCUCACCCGCUAUACACCCCAACUCGAAGAGCUCAGAUUAUCCAAGAUGGACUUCUCGGACACAUUUGAACAGCUCUCUCGGAUCAUCGACUUUCAUCGAUUAGUUCGCCUCGAACUUCUAGUGGAGAGCUGCGGCCUUCAUCUUUUCUUGAAGGAUCUGGCCAACAGCAUAUAUACUUGCAGCGGAGAGGUGAACAGACUCCAGUUGAAGCAUAUUGCUGUCGAGUUGGUACACGAUCUUUGUGAGUGUGAAGCAAUCGGUCUCAGGGAUUCGAUGGAACUCAUCAUCAUGGCUUGCGGCCCAAUCGAGAGUUUUCAUAUGCGUUACCCUGAAGCCAACCCCAUCAAAGAUCACGCUGCUGGAUUUCCUGCAGGAGCUCAGUCUCUCCAAACACAAUUUACAGAGCCUGAGUAUCUGUUGUGA